GCAAGGUGACAUUUGGGCACCACUCUGCUUCGGGCCACCGCACUUACAACGAAGACAGGGUUUUCGGCAGCGCCGAUUUGGGAGCUGCUUUGGGGCUGCAGGCGGGCCAGCCGUCUAUGUUUUUUGCUGUCUAUGAUGGGCACAACGGAGAGGCUGCGGUGGAUUUUGUACAGAAGAAUUUGCCGCUGAACAUCUGCAGGGAGCCGCACUACCUCACGAAUGACAUCUGUGGGGCGUUGAAGUGGGGCUUUGCCGAAACGGAGAAGGCGCUGCACCGGAUGGUCUUAGACCAAAUAAGUGGGGAUGGGUUCACUGACACAGAGACUUCCCCCUUUUCCUCGGGGACCACGGCAUGCGUGGCCUUGCUGCAGCAUAAUGUUCUCUAUGUGGCGAAUGUGGGGGACAGCCGCUGCGUUUUAUCUCGAGCUGGGCGGGCGGUGCCGCUGACUGAUGACCACCACCUGCGCAGCAACAGGAAGGAGCAGCAGCGAGUCAAAGCAGCAGGAGGCAGCUACGACGAUGAGGGAUACCUCAAUGGGGUUUUGGCUGUCUCUCGAGCCUUUGGUGGCUUCAGCAAAAAGACCGGCGAGAAGCUGAAAGGCCUCAGCUGCGAGCCCGACCUUUCCGCGCACCACAUCCGCAAAGAAGACGAGUUUUUGCUGCUGGGCUGCGACGGAAUCUUCGACGUGUUGUCUUCGCAAGAGUGCAUCUCUUUGGUGCGCGCGAAGCUGCGGGCGGGAGUGUCUGCUGCUGCAGCUAGCCAGCAGCUAGCUGAGGUAGCCAUGCGGCGGUACUCGCUGGACAACGUUUCUGCUGUUGUAGUUGUGCUGCAGUCGCCAAAUGCAGCAGCAGCAGCAGAAGGAGACAAAGAGGGCUGGUGGGCAGAAGAGGGAGACCCGGAGGAGCCUUUUUUGGUGCCCAGACACAGCAGCAGCAGCAGCAGCAGCAGCAGCGCGGGCGACCCCCAGCCGCAGCAGCAGCAGCCGCAGCAGCAGCAGCAAAAACCCGAUAGACCCAAGUUCGAUUUUUCAAUCCUCAAGGCAAUGCUGUAG